AUGAGGAUGGGGGGGGUCCCUUCCCCGCUUUUCUGGCCGCGGGGCGAGCGGGAGGCGCGCGCGCGUUACCGGCCGUCGGGCCCGCGCGCGGCCGUUAGGCCCGGCGGAGGCGGGGGAGGAGGAGGAGGAGGGGCAGCGCGCGCCACCCGCUCCUCCCUCCCUCUUUUGUGCUCCUUUUAUUUUCCUUUAUUUUCGGUGCCCCGCCGUGCGUUGUGGAUCCAGCAGCACUUGGGAGCAUCUUUCUGGCUGAGAGACAAAAGUUAUCUUCCGGGUUAUGCCUCAAUCGGAAGACUCUGUGAAAAAUGUGAUGGCAAGUGUGUGAUCUGUGACUCCUACGUGCGGCCCUGCACCCUGGUGCGCAUCUGCGACGAGUGUAACUACGGCUCCUACCAGGGCCGAUGUGUCAUCUGCGGGGGGCCCGGAGUGUCUGAUGCCUACUACUGCAAGGAGUGCACCAUCCAGGAAAAAGAUAGAGAUGGUUGCCCCAAGAUUGUCAACCUGGGCAGUUCCAAGACAGAUCUUUUCUAUGAAAGGAAAAAGUAUGGCUUCAAGAAGAGGUGAUCCUAUUCAUAUGUAGCUACCUCCUGUUGGGUUGGCAAGAGGGUCUUGGAACAUCUCUGGACUUUACUCUUACUGAAAACUGGUUGAUUAUUUUUUUCUAAAGCAAUAUAAAUUCAGUAAUAUACUUAGGAUUGGAGAAAUAACAGACUGAGUGGGGACUGAAACCUGAUGAGAACCAGUGAUGAGGGAGGGCAAAUGAAGAUCACUGUCUCUUGCUUUUGCAGAAGCUCUGCUAGUAGUUGCCCCAGCUCUCUAUACAAAGCAGAAUGGGCAAGCACUUACACAUAGAAGGAACCAUGUAAAAAUGGAAAGUGCUGUUUUUAGUGUGGAGAAACACCUUGAGGUUGUUCUUACUGGGCCUCCUCUCAAUUGUUUGAAAUUGCCCCAUCCAUCGGUGUUGAAGAACAAAACACCAAUCUGCUCCCCUCCUCCCUUCCUCCAGUAUAUUUCCAUGCUGCCUUGUUUUGUAGGGAAUCUGCUCAUGGUUGGUACCUUCCCAGGGAGCACAGCUGUUCCAUGUUUUCUUUGACAGAUAAAUCCAAGGCCAUUUCUUGUAACCAUUUCUGUAGGAUGCAUACCAAUAAAGCUUUUUCUUUUGGGUUUUUA